AUGAAGGUCUCCGCCGUCGCCGCUGCGCUCCUCGCCAUCUCUGCCGCGCUCGCGUUGCCUUCAGCACCCCGGGCCGGGCCCACCACGGUCUCUGUCUCCUUCGACCAGACCUACGACGUGAACACGACGUCGCUCGACACCGUCGCGUGCUCGAAUGGACCCAACGGGCUGGAGAGCCAGGGCUUCAACACCUUUGGCCAGCUCCCCGGCUUCCCGAACAUCGGUGGCGCGUUCGCCGUCAGCGGCUUCGGGUCCGCGAACUGCGGCACAUGCUGGAACCUCACUUUCAAGGGCACGACCAUCAGUGUGCUCGCGAUCGACACCGCCUCGGGCGGGUUCAACAUCGCGCUCGAGGCGAUGAACGCCCUCACGCACAACCAGGCGACGUUCCUCGGCCGGGUGAACGCGAGCGCGGUGCAGGUCGACACCACGAACUGCAAUUUCACCUCGACGUGA